CUCACAUCCGCAGCAGCGACUGGCCAAUAAAAUACCGAAAAUACGUAAGCAUCGACGAGUGCUCGGCGCAGGCGGAGAAUGGUCAGUGUGAAGCAGACUAUAGCUCUUCCAGCAUUACUCGUAUACUGCUGACAUCCCUCAGCCAGCGAGUACAACCAGGGCCUAUCCCUAUCUCGACUUCAGGCACAUCCUGCAUUCUAUCUAUGCACGGUUAGUAGGUUAGGAUCUCUGUAGAGGCGCACCACUUCUAGUGCAAGAUGUUAGAUCCGUCGUCCAGCGAGGAGGAAUCUGAUGGGAUAGUAGAGGAGGAAAGCAAAGAGGCAAUGGCACCUCAGGCCGGAUCCCGCAUCUCCCCGAGCAGGACCAGCGAGAGCUCGGGUGGACUAGCGCCCAGCAGCAGCCGCAGCAGUGCCCGUCCUACUAGCCCGAGCCCCUCGGCCGUCAGCGAGGAGAAGGAGGAUCUGGAGAAGCUGCACAGAGAGGAAGAAGAGCGCAAAAAGAAGCUGCAGCUGUAUGUUUUUGUCAUGCGAUGCAUCGCUUACCCGUUCAAUGCAAAACAGCCCACAGAUAUGGCAAGGCGGCAGCAGAAGAUUACCAAGCAGCAGCUUCAGCAGACCAAGGAUCGCUUCCAGGCCUUCCUCAAUGGAGACACACAAAUUGUGGCUGAUGAGGCAUUCAUCAACGCUGUGCAGAGUUUCUCUGAGGUAUUUCUUAAGAGUGACCGUGUGGCAAAGAUGGUCCAGAGUGGUGGCUUCUCAGCCAACGAUUUCAGGGAAGUGUUCAAGAGGCACAUCGAGAAGCGCGUGCGCAGCCUUCCGGAGAUUGACGGUCUGAGCAAAGAGACAGUGCUCAGCUCCUGGAUGGCCAAGUUUGACACCAUCUACCGUGGCGAUGAGGAUCCGCGGAAGGCGCAGCAACGCAUGACUGCCAGCGCGGCUUCUGAGCUGAUCCUCAGCAAGGACCAACUGUACGAGAUGUUUCAGAAUAUCCUCGGCAUCAAAAAGUUUGAGCACCAGCUGCUUUAUCAAGCCUGCCAGCUGGACAACCUGGAUGAGCAGGCUGCACAGAUCAGACGAGAGCUGGAUGGUCGUCUUCAGAUGGCAGACCAGAUUGCCAGAGGUGGAAAGUUCCCCAAAUUUGUAUCUAAAGAGAUGGAGGCCAUGUUCAUCGAGGAACUCAAGUCUUCAGUGAAUCAGCUGAUGGCCAACUUGGAGAGCAUGCCUGUGUCUAAGGGCGGGGAGUUUAAACUCCAGAAGCUGAAGCGGGGACACAAUACCUCUAUCAUUGAUAUGGGCCAAGAGGACGAGAACACACUGUCCAAAUCUGAUGUGGUCCUGUCCUUUACUUUAGAGGUGGUGAUCAUGGAAGUGCAGGGCUUGAAAUCACUGGCUCCAAACAGGAUUGUUUACUGCACCAUGGAGGUGGAGGGAGGCGAGAAACUCCAGACUGACCAGGCAGAGGCAUCCAAGCCAACCUGGGGGACCCAAGGUGACUUCACCACUACACACCCUUUGCCUGCUGUCAAGGUGAAGCUGUUUACAGAGAGUACAGGGGUGCUGGCACUGGAAGACAAAGAACUGGGCCGGGUUGUCCUCCACCCAACUCCUAACAGCCCCAAACAGUCAGAACUCCACAAAAUGACUGUGACCAAGGCCUGCCCUGACCAAGAUCUCAGGAUCAAACUGGCCAUACGUAUGGACAAACCACAGAACAUGAAACACUGCGGGUAUCUGUGGGCUUUUGGGAAGAAUGUUUGGAAGCGCUGGAAGAAGCGUUUCUUUGUCCUCGUACAGGUGAGUCAGUAUACGUUUGCAAUGUGCAGCUACCGAGAGAAAAAGUCAGAACCACAAGAGCUUUUGCAGCUGGACGGAUAUACUGUGGACUACAGUGAUCCCCAGCCAGGCUUAGAUGGUGGCAGGGCUUUCUUCAAUGCUGUGAAGGAAGGCGACACUGUGAUCUUUGCCAGCGACGACGAGCAGGACCGCAUCCUGUGGGUCCAGGCCAUGUAUCGCGCCACUGGCCAGUCCCACAAGCCUGUCCCACCCACUCAGGUCCAGAAACUAAAUUCCAAAGGGGGUGCCUCAGCCCAAAUGGAUGCUCCCAUUUCUCAGUUCUCUGGACUCAAGGACGCUGACAGAGCUCAGAAACAUGGCAUGGAUGAAUUUAUCUCCGCUAACCCCUGUAGCUUUGACCACGCCUCGCUUUUUGAGAUGAUGCAGCGACUCACGUUGGACCACAGGCUCAACGACACCUUCUGCUGCCUGGGAUGGUUCAGCCCGGGCCAGGUGUUUGUCUUGGAUGAGUACUGUGCAAGGAACGGAGUUCGGGGUUGUCACAGACACCUGUGUUACCUGCGUGAUCUCCUGGAAAGGGCAGAAAAUGGGGCCAUUAUCGACCCCACACUUCUUCACUACAGCUUCGCUUUUUGUGCCUCCCAUGUCCAUGGGAACAGAGAGGGCAUCAGUUACUGGGGCCCACUGGGCUAUGAGGUCCUAAAAUCCCCAAAGAGCUCCCAAAGCCCAGAUCCCCGUGCUGCCUCUAAACGAGCAUGCAUAUUCAAGUUUAGAAAGAAAAAGGAGUCCAAAAAUCCACUGAAUCAAGGUGAAAACAGGCCAGACGGGCUGACUACAGUGACAGUGGAUGAGAAGGAGCGCUUUGAAGACAUCAAGGAGCGGUUGCGUGUGAUAUUGGAAAACCGGAUUGUAAAUUUCAGAUAUUGUUUCCCCUUCGGUCGUCCAGAGGGUGCACUGAAGGCCACUUUAUCUUUGCUGGAGAGGGUCCUGAUGAAGGACAUUGUCACCCCGGUUCCACCAGAAGAAGUUAAAGGGGUAAUUCGCAAAUGUUUGGAGCAGGCUGCUCAGCUCAACUACCAGCGGAUUAAAGACUAUGCUAAAAUUGAAGUUGAGAAAGGUCAAAAGGAUCAAAAGGAUCCAGAGAACGUAGGCCGCUUAGUCACGCCUGCCAAAAAGCUGGAGGAAACAAUUCGCCUGGCGGAGUUAGUCAUAGAGGUCCUCCAGCAGAACCAGGAACACCAUGCGGAGGCGGCAGUCACAAGUUCUGGAGAUCAAUCGGCAUUUGCAUGGUGGACAGACCUCAUGGUGGAACAUGCAGAAAACUUCCUGGCCCUCUACGCCAUCGACAUGGAUGCCGCUCUGGAGAUCCAGUCACCUGAGAGCUGGGACAGCUUUCCCCUUUUCCAGCUGCUCAAUGACUUCCUCCGGACAGAUUAUCAUCUGUGCAAUGGAAAGUUUCACAAACAUCUUCAAGAUCUGUAUGCUCCUCUGGUGGUUAGAUAUGUGGAUCUGAUGGAGUCCUCCAUCGCACAGUCAAUUCACAAGGGCUUUGAGAGAGAGUCCUGGGAGCCUGUAAAGAGUUUAACAAGUAAUCUGCCCAAUGUGAAUCUACCAAAUGUGAACCUCCAAAUUCCCAAAGUACCAAAUCUGCCAGUGCCAGUAGCAGGACUAUCAGUUAACCUUCCACAAAUGCCUAGCUUUUCUACCCCGUCAUGGAUGGCUGCUAUAUAUGACUCUGAUAAUGGCUCCGGGACAUCGGAGGACCUUUUCUGGAAGCUGGACGCCCUCCAGACUUUCAUCAGGGACCUGCACUGGCCUGAGGAGGAGUUUGCCAAACACCUCGAGAGCCGCAUCAAGCUCAUGUCGAGCAACAUGAUCGAGAACUGUGUCAAACGCACCAGGAUGGCAUUUGAGUCCAAGCUGGCAAAGAGCAGCAAGUCCACAGAUUUCCGCAUCUCUCCAACAUUAUGCACCAUGUUCAACGUGAUGGUGGACGCCAAGGACCAAUCAGCAAAAUUGUGUGCUAUGGAGAUGGGCCAAGAGAAACAGUUCCACUCCCAGAUAGACGAGCUGAUUGAGGAGAGUGUGAGGGACAUGAUUCAGCUUCUGGUCGCAAAGUUUGUUGCCAUAUUGGAGGGAGUGCUGGCCAAAAUUUCCAGAUAUGAUGAAGGCACUCUCUUUUCUUCAUUCCUUUCAUUCACGGUGAAAGCUGCUUCAAAAUAUGUGGAUGUACCUAAACCUGGAAUGGAUGUAGCUGACGGCUACGUGACCUUUGUGCGCCACUCUCAGGAUAUGCUUCGUGAUAAGGUCAAUGAGGAGGUGUAUAUAGAAAGGUUAUUUGAUCAAUGGUACACUGCCACCAUGAACCUGCUGGGGACCUGGCUCACUGAACGCAUGGAUCAGCAGCUCCACGUCUACCAGUUAAAAAUCCUCAUCAGGAUUACAAAGAAAAAGUACCGGGACUUCCGCCUGCAGGGUGUCCUCGACUCCACCCUGAACAGUAAGAUGUACGACACGGUGCGCAACAGGCUGACCAUGGAGGAGGCCGCUGCUUCAGUGAGGGAAGGAGGCAUGCAAGGCAUCUCCAUGAAGGACAGCGACGAGGAGGACGAAGAGGACGACUAGAGCCUGUGCACCGAGACUUCAGCCCCGGCCUCCCUCUAAGACCCUCCCUCACCCCGACCCCCUCCCUUUCACACUUUUGACUUUAGCCUGGUUACCGAUGCAUGUACCAACUCAGAUAGCCACUCUAGGACCUCUUUGUCAGCUCGAAAUGCCUAUGAAGGAACUAUUAACUAUAAAAAUAGUACUUAUACUGAAGAAAAUCAAAAUAAAAAUGUUUAAAAAAAAAUAACCAUGAUUGGCAGUUUAGCUGUGUCAUGAUAAAGAUAGCACCUAUCUUGGAUUCAUUCAUUUCUAAAUUCAUUUCUAUGUGUUACUAAGCAAUAUGGAGAACCAUUUGUUUGACAAUGUUGAGUGAGAUUAAUAGGUGUGUCCCUGUCCAAUGCAAUCCUAUAUGGCGCUUCUUUGUCGUAUUCUACAUUCAUUAAUGGUACAUUGUCGUGAUGAUGAGUGUGUGGACCCUUUUCUUUGUCUCGUCUGUUUUUAAGUGAAUGCCAACUGCUUUGAACUGAAAAUAAAACCUCUGUAUUUGUUUACGGCUGUUACAGAUAAACCGUCGUCUACUCACUGUUCUUAACAUCGACAGUAAGUCUAGACCUGCAUUUUUUAUCAUGUGUCAAUGCUAUGUGAUCUCAUCUCAAUUACUAAUUAGACAUGGUUCAACAGGAAUCUUGAACUUCGAGUGGGUAUUCUAGAGAUGCAAUAUUCUCAUAGCUCCAUUUUGAUAACUCGGGAGAUUCUAUUUUUAUUUCAACAUUAAAAGGCCUUGAAACAGGUUCUAUUUUAAUUGAGUUGCACUUUUACAAGGAAAAAGAGCAAAAAUAAUUUUUUUUAUUAAAAAAAAAAGUUGGUCCGUCUUUGUUCUGUAAUUGUGUAGAAUGAGAUGUCUGGCAUUUGUUUGGGUCUCACUGUUGUUUUGUAUAUAUUAUAUAAAUAUAUAUAAAUAUAAAAUGCUGUACAUUGCAUUCUGAGCCAUUGCUGCAUGCCCGUGGGUUCCCACCCUCCCCAAACGCUUUCUGUUUUCUGUGUGAAUUAGCUGGUGGAUUCAUUCUUGCUUUUGCCUUAUGAAAGCCAACAGUUGUAAUAUGCAAGAGCUGUGGCCUCUAAAUAAAAAUUACUGUACAUGUG